CGAAUGUACCAGCGCGAUCCGCCGACAGAGCUCCCUGUCCUCGUACCCUUUCCCCAUCCCCGAUGAGUCUCUCUCCGAUCUCCGUUUUCGAUCUCCCCUCCACCUUCCCCACCUUCUGGCAGUCCGAUAUCCAUCCUCGCCUUUCCUACUGUCUAAAGCCCCUUGUUGUCCCCGAUAUCCAUCCUCCCCAUUGGGUCCUGUGGCGCGAAGACUUCAUCGAGCUUUCAUUGUGCUUGGUUGAGGUACGGCUGACGUGGAUCGAGGACGAAGCGCACCCGCUUUGCAUAGAGCGCCUAGAGUUGCUGUUCCUCCAGGCCUGGCGAACCAACGUGGAGGGAGAGCUCCUCGCAUUUCUAUUCAGUACAGUGCGGCCCGGUCAUCAGAACCUCAUCACGCAAGUGCUCACGAUCCCGGUAGCGCAGCUGGCGGACGAUCUCCCCCUCGACAUCAUCUCGCAAGACGACGAGCAUCCAAUUCCCCAUGUACUUUCUCGCGCAUUGACGCCCUAUCUUCAGUGGUCGGCUUGUGUAGAGGGAGCCGCAGAGCGCAUCCCGUCGUCGCAGCAACAAUAUCUGGAUCCCCGGACGGCUCGCGAUCAUGCCUUCUUCAGGCAUCCUACGGCGGAGCAGCUUGCGGCCAUUCGAGAAGAAGAGGAGGAGGAAGAAAGUACCGGGAGUGACGAAGAUGAUGACGGAUUGGAAGAAGGUGGGAACAGCGACGAAGAGCUCGGGAAAGAAGACGAAACCCCCGAAGAAGGAAGCUAUAGCGAGCAUAGCGAGGGGGAACAGAGCAAAGAAGAAGAAGAAAGCGAGGAAGGAGAAGAGGAGCACGACGAAGAGCCUGCUGGAUCGGAGUGGGAAGCCGUGCCAGAAGAAGCGUUGCGUACGGGUACGGAGGCUGAGGAUCCCGAGGCGGCCCGCAAAAGAGGAGAGAUCGCGGCCGGGAAGGAGUUGGAAUUCGCAAGCGCGGCGAGUCUGCGCACCCACGACGACCCAAGUCGGGAUCCGGAGCCACCCCGGCCUGAAGAUGGCGACCUCACAGCCACGACUCCGACCCCAUCAGCGCGGCGACGGAGCUGAUCCCCCUCCUCCUCAACCCGUCCCCCAGUUCGCCAACGUACCGAUACGGGCGAUCGGUCUUCGUCCACGAUCACUC